UCACCAUUCAACCUAAUAUCUAACAAACAACUAUCAGAGGUUUGCCGCCCUCAUACAAAAAUACAAAUUUAGCACACGUUGUAUACAUUGCACAGAUCCGUAGCAGAACGACUCAUGCUGGGCUCGCGCGUAGAACCAGAAGAGUUCGAGGAAGUAUCCAUCUACUUCAGUGAUAUCGUGGGGUUUACGGCGCUGGCAGCCCGAAGCACGCCCGUACAGGUGGUGGACCUUCUCAACGACCUGUACGACGACGCGGCCAUCGAGCAGUACCGCGUGUACAAAGUGGAGACUAUCGGCGACGCGUACAUGGUGGUUGGCGGAUUACCGACGCGUGCGCGCGACCACGCUGAAAGCGUGGCCACUAUGGCCCUGCACUUACUGCAUCUGGCAGGGCGCUUUCGCGUGCGACAUCUACCCGACACGCCACUGCACCUGCGCAUCGGCCUGCACUCGGGCCCAUGUUGCGCCGGCGUCGUUGGUCUCACGAUGCCACGCUACUGCCUCUUCGGUGAUACUGUGAACACUGCAUCGCGCAUGGAGUCCACCGGUGCAGCAUGGCGGAUCCAAAUGUCGGCGGCUACAGCUGAGAAGCUCCUGGCGGCGGGUGGAUAUCGACUACGAUCACGAGGCCUCACGCAAAUCAAGGGCAAAGGCGCAAUGCACACAUACUGGUUACUAGGAAAGGAAGGUUUCGACCGUCCCUUACCCACUCCGCCUCCUCUUGAAUCCGAAGAAGAAAUUCUAGUGGAAGCGGAAUGUGAAGUUGACGAUCAAGAGCCAGUCUCGAGGACAAUUUCACCGUCGACUCACUCUACUACUCCAGACACCGCUGUUGUAAUGGACGGAUGUUCACCCGAGAGCGCGACGCUGCCCAAAAUGUGUGAGUUAAUGGGUAGUAUGAGUCCCAUGAGUCCCACGUCUACGACAGCUUUGGAGGCUCUGCCACGUGGUCCUCUACACGGCGCCAGCGUCGAUCACAGCGCAGCUUACGCGCGAUACAGAUGGCUGCCGGGAGGUGCGCGGUCUCUGCGGCGGCAGUGGUCACUGGAGCGAGGAGAGGCACUGGCGGCAGCGGCUGCGAGCGCAGAGCCCUUAGCUCUGGUGGCGGGCGUCACUCCUCGGUCAGCCCCGCGGUACCGCACGCGACGGGAUCAGCGCGAGGACGAAACCCAUCUCACGUAGAUUAGGGUUGCCAUCUGUCCCGGUAUAGAGGGCAUGUCACUUUUUUAGUACUUCUGUCAUAAAAGAGCUCCCGAAUAUUUUCCACGAGUCACUUUAGUCAACAAAACCUUAAAUGGUUUAGUUUCAGGAAGUUAUGGCAACCCUAACUUAGACACACGUUCUCUUUCGAGCCUGGAUCCUCGUAUCCCACUUACCCCACCCUUUCGGUGCCGCUCGAUCGACAAUAAUUUUCGUAGUCGACGUCCGUGCCGCUCGUCCCGCGGCGCGGCGGAUUCCUUAUGUAGUGCGAGCGUCGCCAUUUUUUAAAUGUGAUCCGUCUCUGAUGAUCUCUGUAUUUUUGAAAUUUUU